UUUGGGCCUGACAUAAGUUUCAACCCAAUAUUUAAUGGGCCGAGGCCCUAACACACUUAACCCUACAUUAUAAAAUCUCUAGGGUUUCUAUCACUUCUCUCAUUCACAGCAGCACUCACACAGCAGAGAGAACUCUUCUCGGUGAAUCAAAGAAGAAGAAGAAGAAAUGGACGCAGGUGUAGUAGCAGCAGUAGCGCCAACAGCAGUAGCAGUAGAUGGAAAGGAUGAGAAUAAGAUUCAUAGUGAUGUUAUGCUUUUCAAUCGCUGGUCUUAUGAUGAUGUUCAGGUCAAUGACAUGUCUGUUGAGGAUUACAUCACAGCAACUGCUAACAAGCAUCCAGUUUACAUGCCUCACACGGCUGGUAGGUACCAGGCCAAGCGUUUCAGGAAGGCCCAGUGCCCAAUUGUUGAGAGGCUCACAAACUCUCUUAUGAUGCAUGGAAGGAACAAUGGAAAGAAGCUAAUGGCUGUUCGCAUCAUUAAGCAUGCGAUGGAGAUCAUUCAUUUGCUGACUGACCAAAACCCAAUUCAAGUCAUUGUUGAUGCUGUUAUCAACAGUGGGCCAAGAGAAGAUGCUACUCGUAUUGGUUCAGCUGGUGUUGUCAGACGUCAGGCCGUUGAUAUUUCUCCACUUCGCCGUGUUAACCAGGCAAUUUAUUUGCUGACAACUGGUGCACGUGAGAGUGCUUUCAGGAACAUCAAGACCAUAGCUGAGUGCCUUGCAGAUGAACUAAUCAAUGCUGCCAAAGGUUCUUCAAAUAGCUAUGCCAUUAAGAAGAAGGAUGAGAUUGAAAGGGUUGCCAAGGCCAAUCGUUAAGAGAUUUGUUAUUGGAGCACCUUUUACAAGAGAGUUUUGGGUUAUGCUGUUUUCUCAUUUCUGUUUUCAUGUAGUACUGUAGGAUGGAAUGGAAAUUAAAGGAUCUGAUUAUCAGUAUUUGCUGUUCCUUAUGGAUUUAAUUUCUUGGAUUUUUCACCUUGUUACAACUUUAUAUGCUUGGAAUUUUGUUAUAGAUGUUAAAUUUUGAAGUUCCUUUA